AUGUCUCUUCCAGGCUCACAACGUGUUACCGGUACUGAUGGCAGUGAUUUUCAACAUCGUGAAACAAUAGCUAGUCAUUAUCGUGUCAGUACAGAAACGAAACCACGUCUACGAAUCUUAAUUUAUCUUCAUUUUAUUCUUGCUUGCCUUGUUAUUUUUCAAAUCGUAACCUAUCAUAUACCACUGGUAACAACAGUUAAUAUUCCACGACCACAUUUAUGGCAAUAUAUAUGGCUUAUAACUCUUAUACCAUCCAUAUGUGGUCUUUUAUCAAUGAAUAAAAAUCAUAUUUUUCUUAUGAAAGUAUUUUUUCGUGGUACAGUUUUAUUUGGUUUAGGUACAAUAAUGACAACGAUUAUACUUAAUUUAAGUGAUUUAUUUACAUUUAAAAAAUUAAAAUCGAAAAAUAAAUUAGAUGAAGUUGAACCACAAACAUUUCUUGGCUUUCCAUUGAUAGUACUUUGGUAUAUGUUUUUAAUUAUAGUCGUGCAAAUACAUGCAUUCAGUUUAUAUAUGGCAAAUAUUUUAUUACAUAGUUGGCAACAAUAUAAACCAACGAAACGAAAUUGA